GGUGUAGAAAAUGGGAUGUCUCUGGCAUCCCAUGUUGUCAUGCCAUCUCGACAAUAUGGCAUGGUGGAGGCAACCUAGAUGAUUAUUUGAGUCAUUACUUUGGAAAGGAGAUGUACUUAAAGGCAUAUGCACCCAUCAUUUACCCUGUACCAAGUGAGGAGCAAUGGGUUAGGACAAAUCAACUGAAGAUUGAACCACCUAAGUCAAGAGCAACUAUAGGUAGACCUAAGAAAGUUAGAAAUAGAGGUGCUGAUGAGACAUCAAAUCAAUACUCAGUUAGAAAGGGUGGCAAGAAGAACCAAUGUGGGAUGUGCAAGAAAUAUGGUCACAAUACAAGAACAUGCACUGUUAGGAUGAGGCAUGUUGAAAGACAACAACGUAGGAGAACUUCCUACAGAGAACAUGCUGCAGAUACUGACUGCAAUCUUGACAGGUUGGGUGAAUCCUCCAGUGCACCAUUUGUGGGCCAUUCCAGUGCACCAACAUCUAGUGCCCCAACAUCUAGUGCCCCAUCUACUGACAAUCCUACUGUACCAACAAGGGGUCGGGGUCGAAAGAGGGUAAGAGCAAGAGGAGAGGGUACAAGCACUACAUCUACUGCACCAAGUAGGGGUGAGAAGAGCACUAGAGGAACGGGUGCAAGCACUAAAUCUACUGCACCAAGUAGGGGUGAGAAGAGCACUAGAGGAACGAGCGCAAGCACAAGAUAUACUAGGAAGAAGGCCAGUACCAGUUUGGCAACUAGAAGCAGAGUUGGUGGAAGAUUGAGAGCACAUCCUACACAAACAAACCCAAACACUCGAGGAAAGGUGAUGCUUGACCUCACUGGGAACCCUUCUGGACCACCCAAGGUUCCAGGAGGUGGACCUGCAUGCUCAUGGGGUCCUCCCAGGGUUGCAGGUGGCAUAACUUUUAGACUAACUCCCCCUGACUUUGACAUAAACAAGACAAAAGUAACAAGUUCUGACAUUCCUCCACCUGUAGGCAAAAAGGAUAAAGGAAAGAAGAAGAUUUGGCAAGUCUGAUGUGUAUUUUUGGAUAUGUGUUGUACAUUUUGGAAGGGCAUGGACAACAUGGUUAUGAUGUAUAUUUUC